GGACAGAUUUGUGAGAUAUGAUCUAGUACAGUUUGACAUUUGGAUGUUCAGAUCCAAAAAUGGUUUCGAAAAUGUAUUCCACAGUGGCAGUCUUGCUGAUCCUUAAUGUGUUUGCUGUCUUCAGUGAUCAAGAUGCCUGUCCCACAAGAAAGGACAAUCUUAUUGGUCAAACCUGCCAGAAAUCUUGUAUACAAGAUCAAGAGUGCACUAAGAAUAGACCGAAAUGUUUGUGUGAUGGAGACUGUGGAAUGAGCUGUAUCAAACCUCGCAACAGCUGCCCCUGGCCUGUGACCAUCGAGAAUGCUAAUACAAGUCUGAAUCAGAACACAAAAAACGUUGGUGAUCAUAUGACAGUACGCUGUAAUCCAGGAUUCAAAAUGGCCAAUGGACAGGAGAUGGCACACAGCCGUUGUCAAGGAGAUAAGAAGUGGAGUGUGACAGCACCCUGUGAAGCAAUAUCUCCUUGUGGUGACCCUCCUGUAAUUGAGGAUGGCUCUUUUGUGAAGUAUGGAGAUCCUGUGACAGGGAUUAGAGCAAAGUAUAUAUGCAGUCCAGGCUUCAGGCUUGAAGGUCAGGAUGUGACAGAGUGCCUUGAAAACAACACAUGGACGAAUCCUGCUCCUCUGUGCCAAAAAAUAUAUUGCCCUCCACCUCCAGAAAUCAAUGAAGGUAUUCUUGUGGCAGUGAAGAAAAGAGAGUAUGAUAUCUCUGAAGUAGUAUAUUAUAUGUGCAAAAGAAACUUUAUUAUAGAUGGAUCAUAUAGUAUAACCUGUUUGGCCAAUGGCCAGUGGUCUGAAGGCCCUGCCUGCAGAGCUAGGUGUAAAGUGCCAGUGCAGCGAAGCCGGGUCGUCUACAAAGGGAGAAAAGUGUGGGUCACGGAGAUUGAAGAAGGUCUAGUGCAUCAUGCCGAGACUGUUACAUUUUUCUGCCGAAACACUACCCAAGCCUGCAGCUAUACAGCCUCCUCCAAGUGUUAUGAUAGCGUUCUUUCCCCUCCCAUCUGCUAUGAGGAGCCAACCUGGGUACAGCACAAUAUUUUCCCCUGGAAGAUCGUGUCCGAAAUUGUAUCAUGCCAAGAGCCGUAACUGCUCUCUAAGAAUUGGAGAAGAGAUUCAUAUUAUUCCCUUAGCUUUUUUCAUCAGAUGGAGAAGAUGACAAGCUGCUCGCAGAAUUACCUCUGGUCACCUCAGGAUACUAUACUGUAAAUAGUGCUAUUAACAGGAGAACCAUUAAUUGUAAGUUCUUUAAACAAUCAUUUCACCCAGGUGUUUUAGGGGUUGCCCAGAUCAAGGCAAUGUUACUCGUAUAUUCUGGAACUGCAAAUACCCAUAGCUCCCAACUGUCCCUGAUUUCGAGGGACUGUCCCUGAUUUGGAACAAUGUCCCUCUGUCCCUCUUUCC